GACAGCAUUCCUGCACUGCCCAUUGCCAGUAAAAGGCGCCUUGCUGCGGGAAAUAUCCAUUCAUUCAUAUAGCGCGUAGGUGACCAGCUGUGCGGUUCUGGACACCAUUCAGCAGGGGUGUGUGUGCGCUUGUGUGUGCCCGGAUCGCUGAGCAGGACUCCGCUUGCCUGACACCGAGCAGACUAAAUGCUAAUUGGAAGACCGCCAAGACAAAAAGUUACCCCCUUCAUCUUCUUCCAAAUGUGUCAUUAACGUGGUGUCAUCAUACAUGGAAGCACGCGUGGAGGAUGGGGCAUCAUCUGUAGACGACCAGGCGAGGCGCAUCGGCGUGCUGGGCACACACUUUGGAUACCUUUCAUUUACACAGGCAAAUCGUUAGUUGCUGAAUCAUACAAAAGAGCGAAGCGUGUGCGAGCUGAUCGCAGCGCGUCUUUUGUAAGUGUUGCGUUGUUUUAAAGUCUUUUAACUUCCAUGGAAGCGGCUCUAUUCCCGUAUUCGCUCAUCAUCAUCCCGCUGCUGGAAACGACGGCAUGUGGAGACUUGCUUUUCGGGAUUGUUUCUACAGUCUGCCUUUUUGCUGCUGAUUGUUGUUCACUUGAGUUGGCAGUGAAUUGAAUAGUUCGCGUGUGUGUAAGUGGUGACUGUCUUACAGCAGCUCCAGGAAGUGUGUAUAAAUAAUGACAGACACACGGCGAGUGUGACAAAGAAGGACAGUAUCGGGACUUUUCUCCUCUCCUGACUUCACCUGGCUGACCAGCAUCAUCGCCUGACCCGGCCCCAGGGCGCCGCUUCACGCCCCCGUCCACCACCCUGAGCCCGGGCAAGAUGAGCGAAGCCUUGCCCCUGGGGGCUCAUGACGGCAGCGCCGCCGCCCUGGUGGGGAAGCUGCGCAUGGCAGACAGGAGCAUGGUGGAGGUGCUGUCCGACCACCCCGGGGAGCUGGUCCGCACCGACAGCCCCAACUUCCUGUGCUCCGUGCUGCCCACCCACUGGCGCUGCAACAAGACCCUGCCCAUCGCCUUCAAGGUGGUUGCCCUCGGCGAUAUCCCGGAUGGCACCCUGGUGACCGUGAUGGCGGGUAAUGAUGAGAACUACUCGGCCGAGCUUCGCAACGCCACCGCCGCCGUCAAGAACCAGGUGGCUCGUUUCAACGACCUGCGCUUUGUGGGCCGCAGCGGUCGAGGGAAGAGCUUCACCCUGACCAUCACCGUGUUCACCAACCCCCCCCAGGUGGCCACCUACCAGCGCGCCAUCAAGAUCACGGUGGACGGCCCGCGGGAACCACGUCGGCACAGGCAGAAGCCGGAGGAGUUGGUGAAGCCGGGCACGCUGGCAUUCUCUGAGCGACUCAGUGAGCUGGAGCAGCUGCGACGUAGUGCCAUGAGAGGCAGCCCGCACCACCCCCCGGCGCCCAGCUCCCGGCCCACCCUCAGCAGCGCCCCCUUCAGCAGCUCCACACACAGCCAAAUCCCCGACUCCAGGCAAAUGCAGACGUCACCCUCCUGGUCCUAUGAGCAGUCGUACCCGUACUUGGGCCAAAUAUCCACGGCGUCCGUCCACUCCGCCACACCCAUCUCGCCAGGCCGUGCGAGCGGAAUGUCGGCCCUCACAGACUUCUCCAGCAGGCUCUCAGGUCCCGACCUCGCAGCGUUUGGCGACCCGCGCAUGGCGGGUCUGGAGCGGUCCUUCGGCUCGCUGCCCUCCCUCCCAGACGGUCGCUUCUCUGACCCGCGCAUGCACUACCCUGCGGGCGCUUUCACCUACACGCCUACCCCGGUCACCAACGCCAUCGGUAUCGGCAUGUCAGCCAUGACCGGACCCACUGGACGCUACACCUACCUGCCUCCCCCCUAUCCGAGCGGCUCCGCCCAGGGCCAGGGCAGCCCCUUCCAGGCCAGCACUUCCCCGUACCACCUUUACUACAGCACCUCCGCCAGCUCCUACCAGUUCUCCAUGAUGUCCGGAGGGGAGCGGUCUCCGCCCCGCAUCCUGCCGCCGUGCACGAACGCCUCGACCGGCUCUGCCCUGCUCAAUCCCUCCUUGCCCAAUCAGAGCGAAGUGGUGGAGGCUGAGGGAAGUCACAGCAGCUCCCCCACCAGCAUGGGGGCCGGAGCGGGGCGCUUGGAGGAGGCCGUGUGGCGCCCAUAUUGACGUCUGCGCCGCACGUGCUCGUCGGCGAUCGCCGACACGUGUACUUGGACGCUGAACUCCCUCCGGAUAGAGCAGGGACUGGCAGGACGGUACGGGACGCAGUGCGGACACACCCUGCAUCACUCUUUCAGUUCGAGUGCUGACAUUUUGUCAGUGUUAAUCACGGUCAGCAUUACUGUGGUUUCUGUUUGCGUUGUGGAUUAUUAAAAACGGAAAAACGACAGCAAAAAAAAAAAAAAAAAAAAAAA